AGCAGGUUUAUCAAAUUGCUUAUUUCUUAAAAUCCUUACAAUUCUCAAUAGAACUCAAUAGAGGCUGACUAAUUCGGUUGAGGUAUAAGCAUUUCUAUGGUUAUCUAUUUUUUUGCUGACUAUAAAAGACGAUGAACUGGCAGAUCUUUGCUAAUCAGAAAUUACAUCUCCGAGGAAAAACACCUUAAAUAAUCUAAUAACAAAAUGAAAACAAUAUUUUUGUUGAGUCUUGCCAUAGUUGUGGUUACCGCGACAAGUGUGCCAGCUCCAGGUAGUGUACAAACGUUAAAUGGCGACGACAUAAAUUCUGCAAAAGAAGCUUUGGAAUUGUCUUUAACUAAAUUGGCCGCAGGCGAAGGUCCAAGUUAUAAGCUCUCUAAAAUUUUAUCAGCAACAUCUCAAGUAGUUUCUGGUAUUGCCUAUAAAAUAAAGGCUGAACUAAUUGAUUCCAAUGAUGCUACAAAAAUCUGCAAUAUCGGUAUUUGGAGUCAAUCUUGGUUGGAAAAUGGAAUCGAAGUUACUUUUGAAUGUGAUGGCGAGGAAAAAUUAGUCCGAAAACAUAGUGCUUAAGAUAAUUGUUAUUAAUCGAGGCUUUUGUUUUUAAUAAAAAAAGUUUAAGAAAAUA